AUGCAAGAAAAUAUGAAAUGGUAUAUACAAGGGUUGGUGUUUGGAUACCUCAGUGCCCCCCAAAGAACUGGGAGGCUAGGUCGUGGUCUGGAGAUGGUAGACGGCCAUCAGGAGCGCUCCACUCAACUGGGUUCGGCUCACUCGAUCGAGCUUGUGGCUCCUCCUCCUCUUCUUCUUCAUCUUCAAAGUGGGUGUGGCUUCCUUGGCCUUGGUGGAGUUGUGCUCGCUCGAAGCGGUUGUAGGGAGUCCAGCGGUCUGAGAGAAGUCCUGGUACUGGGUUGA